ACUGGCAACAAAAAGCUGUGUUGGAAAGACUGGGCUGUGUUCACUCAGCCUGCACACACUGUUCCUACUCACAGCUAUGGCUGCGCCCACGAGGAGCCAAUGAAACCAUCGCUGAAGGCAGCAUGGCAUCCUGUGGCUCGGGGCCGGGAGCUGGCAUUCCUGGCUCGGAGACUCCCUUCCUCACUCUAGGCCUUAGUUUCCCCCUGCUGUAGCAUGGAGAUCAUGUUCGCCCACGUCGGGGAAGUGGGGCGCCAACUGUAAAGCGCUGUAUGUGACGGUGUUGUCACCCGAGCAGGGGAAGUUGAGUGGCACUGAAACAAUGGGUUAAAUUCAGAGCGGUUGGGAGAGGUGAUGUAAGCCGUGCACCCACGCAUUGGGCCGAGCGGCUGUGAGGUGCCUGCUCAGUGAAGGUGUGAGUGAAAGGAAGCAGGGGAGGGGGCGGCUAGUGUUGAAUUUUGCACCUUUUACACCGUCUUAGGGGUUGUUGGUUUUUGGCAACGUUCCUGCCUGGCCCCUCAGCUGUGAGUUAUGUCAGCCCCACCCCCUCCCUGGGUGAUGAUGUGGGGAUGGGUCUGGGGUGAUGCGACAUGCAGAGAGAGAGGUGACUUGUCCCCUCUUGCAAUCCCUGUGGACCGGGUAUCUAAUCCCCACCUCGAUCCAGCCAUGGUGGCUUCAGGGUGCUCUGGGAAGCUGCUGGGCAUCAAGGGAAGGCUUCUGCCUCGGCCCCUUUGUGAGAUAGUGGAAGGCUGGCUGGGCGGGUUGCUCCAGGCACGCUCUCCAGGCUGCUACCCCCUCCCCGGGACAGGGGUGUGGAACAAACCAAACAAGCAAAGGUUACAGCAGCAGUUCAGUCAGCAGCAACCUGCGAGGGAGAGAGGCUCCCGGGUGCUGAGCGCCACCACCGCCUGCAGGAGCCCAGCCCAGGAGGAGGAGCUGGGCGGCUUUUUGCUCUGGAAUCAACAGAAGAGGCUCCAGCCGGCAUGGAGGUGACGAGUCAAGGGAACAGCGCGUCAGCGCUGUCCAACGACAAGAUCUUUGUGCUGACACACGUCUACCUGGCAGCCUUAUCUCUGAGUCUCGUCGGCAGCGGCUCGGUCCUUGCUGUAUCCACCCUCAGGAGGAGAUGCUUCCACAGCCAGCUGCGCCCCCUCUUCCUGCUGUCCCUGGCAGACUUCCUGGCUGCCUUGGUGCUGAUCAUCACGGCUGCCAUCCAGCUCCUUCCAGCCCAGCGCUUUGUCCUGGCUUACGAGUUCUGCCCCUACGGCCUGAUGCUGGCCAUGAUGUUCUACGCGAUCUCCUUCCUGAUGGUCAUUGUCUACGCGUACGAGGUGAACCGCACCAUCCAUGGCUGGAGAGUGACGCACGUGACAGCUCUGCAGGAGAGGCGCAGGUGCACGGAGAGGGCACAGCACUGCCUGCCCUACGUCCUGGCCUGGCUGCUCCCCGCCCUCACUUUCCUGGGCCAGCUGCUGUUGAGAGGCGCGUCGGUGAGAGACAUCGCUCCCAUGUCCAUCGAACCCGUCCGGCCCCGUACGGCCAACCACUCCCGAGGGGCCGACAGCCUGUACUGCUCCAGCUGCCUGAUCCUCAUCCACCGCUCCCAGGACGUCUGCGAUAAGUACGCAGGGGGGAAGGACACUGGCCUGGAGAUGAAAAUCAUCUUCUUCAUGUACCUGCUGCUGGUGCUCAGCUGCAGCACAUUCCUCUACUGCAGGGUGAAGCUCUGGUGCAGGAGGAACAGUGAGGCGCGGUUUCUGAACAUGGAGAAUGACGGCUUCGCCAGCAGGAACAUCCAGAGCGUGUGCAAAAUUUCUCGCUGCUUCCAGCUGGUUUUCCUGAUCUGCUGGACACCAGCCUUCCUGCUCAGCAUCCUCUCCUUCACCAGCAUCAAGCCCACCUCCAUCUUUGCACUUCAUGUUGCCGUGGCCCUGACCAUGUCCCUCCAAGGGCUCCUGCACAGUUUGGUCUACGGCUGGCUGCGGCAGAACUUCCGCCAGGAGGCUCUGGGGGAGACGCUCCCCUUGAGAUACUACCCCGGCCUUAAAGCCUUCUACGACGAAUCGUUUGGUGUUGAGGGCUAGGAGAGUGCCUGCAUCGUUCUCUGCUGCUCGCUGGGCCCCACGUCUGCAGCAGUCGCUGGGCAUUUCGGAGGAGCACUACAAAGCUUCUCUCCUCACUGGGGGCUGUUCCCCCUGGACAGUGCACCAGGCAAUGAGGAAUCAGCCCUGUACUGACUUUGUGGGGCAGCCUUCCUGGAACACAGGGACCUGCACUGAUUUCACCACCCUUCUGGCUCAUGAGAAAUAACUUUGAAACACGGCAUUAGAGCCACACCUGCUCCUGGAAGCAAGUUAGCCAAAGCAGCAACAUCGUUCGCAAUUGUUGUGUGACCAACUGUGGUUUGCUUAAGGGCAGUUAAAGGCCCAGAGCUGAUGCUGGCUGCAAGGGAGAAGAGGCCAAGGCCUUACUUAAAUUCCCUCCCACCUACACUGCUGUCCUUCCCUCAUCUCUAAAGUAGCUUCUGCAAAAGGCUGGGAGGGAUGGACAGCCUCCUCUCCCCCCCGUGGGGACCCUGGGGCUGCUGCAGGCCUCUGAGCCAGAAGGGAGCUUGAAGGAACCGUGGCUCUCACUAGGACAAGGCCAUAGGAUGUAGAGUAGAAGCUCUGUGGAGCAAUUCUCUUGCACAAUGGAUUGAUUCCAGUUACGGUGGGGCCGAGAGCCCCCGUCAUGGAGCAGGACCCUGUCUGUGCCAGGCACUGUACCCAGCUGUGUGGGUGUUCAUGGCUUGGGAACAGCUUGUAUUAAUUUAAACAUGAAAGGAGAUAACGGGGGUGCAGAGACUACUGGCAAUUGAAUUUUAAUUGUGGCUGGCCCGAGGCGGCAGUAGAGUUUGCUUGUCCCUCAAGCCCUGUCUCUACUCACUUGAGAAUAAAAAACCUUAACCCUUUC